CUACCUACGUUCUACCUGCACCCACACCUAUGUACCAUCAUAAUUAUGCCAGUCGGGCUUUAAACAUUGUGUAUCAUUGGUUAAUGGUUAUAAGUGAUCUUCAUCGCAUCCCAGCUUUGAGUGAAAUGAGUGAAUCAAGUUAGUAGGUAUUUAGGAUUUAAUUGACGUGAUUAUUUUCAUAUUGUUAUCUAUACGUUUGCUUUCACUAAUACUUUAAAUAGACUGUGUAUUAUUUUUUUGGUGUUGAUACGUAUUUAAGUAGAUAGAGAUACCUACUUGAGCACUUGAGAGUACCUAUAGUAAUUUAAAUUCGUAAGCGAAAAUAAGAUAACUGACCUUCUGUUACCCUGGAAUGAUGAGAUUUGCACUUUUUUUGAUAAUUUAUUCUUCAGUUUUUCCAAUACCUCCCAGUAUUGGAUUCAAAAUAUUAGGAAUAUUUACACUACCCGCUAAAAGUCAUUUCACAUUCAAUAAUGCUAUCAUGAAAAACUUGAUCGAUUCUGGUCACGAAGUUACCAUCUUCACGCCCUUUCCUGAGUUAGCUUCCGCAGAAAAUUACUCUUCAAUCAUCGAUGUUUCUGAAAAGAAUCUUUCUUUCGUUGGGCAAGCAACAUUCGACGAAUUCACCACACAAAAUCCUUUCAAAAUUUUUGAUCAAGCAACUGAAGCUGAUUUACUGUUAUGCUCUAAAGUUAUCAACUCGCCAGAAAUGCAAAAAAUACUGAACAGUGAUGAAAAAUUAUUCGAUGUGGUAUUUCUUGAAACACUAUUCAUCUAUCAAUGCUAUUUACCGGUAGCUGAAAAAAUAAUGAAUAUACCUUUCAUCGGAACUCUGAGCCUGAGAAGCUGGGUUUGGGCGGAUCAUGCAAUACAUAAUCCCAACCAUCCAGCUUACAUCUCUUUCGAAGCAGUCACACAAAAAUGGAAACUGGAGCAUAUUUUUGGGCGAAUUAUCAAUGUAUUUAAUCACAUCGUCCUAUUGUGGUAUAGGAAUUUCGUUGGACCUAAAUUAUUGAAGCAAUUUCACAACGAUCACAUCGAUCAACUCAACUCUUUGGGGAAAUAUUUGAAUAUGGAACCUGAGUUAAUUUUUUAUAACAAUCACGCUUCCUUGUUCUCCAGACCAAUGAAUCCAAAUGCGAUUGAAAUCGGAGGAAUACACAUGAAAAAUGCUAAACCUUUGCCAGAGAAUAUCAAAAAAUUCAUCGAUGGGGCAGAACAUGGUGUUAUUUUAUUUUCGCUCGGAUCAAUUGUUCGAGCUGCAACUUUGAGCCUUCAAAAUCAGGAGGCGUUUAGAGAUGCUUUUGCCGAAAUACCUCAAAGAGUUAUUUGGAAAUUUGAAGAAAAAUUGGAAAAUUUAUCCAGCAAUGUGAUGAUACUCGAAUGGUUACCUCAGCGAGAUAUCCUAGAACAUGAAAAGGUGAUAGCCUUUAUCAGUCAUUGUGGAUUGGGAAGUACGAAUGAAGCAGUGUAUACAGCGACGCCUGUGGUUGCUUGCCCCUUAUUCUCGGACCAAAUCGACAAUGCAGAGUCAUUGGAAAAUUUGGGUGCAGCAGUUCAUUUAGAUAUUUAUGAUAUUACCAAAGAAAAUGUACUCAAUGCGUUGAAUGCAAUUAUCAAUGAUACCAGAUAUUACAAUAACAUGCAAAAACUGUCAAAAACAUUUAAAGAUCGACCAAUGACACCACAGCAAAGUGUUGUUUAUUGGACCGAAUACGUGAUUAGGCAUCAAGGGGCAUCUCACUUGAUGAGUCCAGCGUCUCAGUUGUAUUGGUACCAAUUUCUAAUGCUCGAUGUCCUGCUCGUUGUGGCAUUAAUUUUAGCAGUUUUUGUAUACUUAUUUAUUUGUACUUUCAGAAUAAUUUUGUCGUCUCUUUUUUUACAAUUCAAAAACAAUGAAGCCUUAUCUGGUAAACCUAAAAAUAAAAAACUUUGAAAACAUA